AUGGCGAUCACUUCUAACACUGCACCAUGGUAUGCUGAUUUCGUGAAUUACAAGGUCUGCGGAGAAGUUCCUGAUGAGAUGGAUCCCUACAGGAAGAAGAAGUUUUUCCGAGAGGUUAACCACUACUUCUGGGAUGAACCCUAUCUGUACAAGAGAGCUUAUGAUGGUCACUUUGCCACGUUCAAGGCAGCUCAAAAGGUUCUUCAAGCGGGUCUCUGGUGGCCUAUCUUGUUCAAGGCCCCUCACGGUUUCAUUACCAAGUGUGAUGCCUGUCAGAGGAUGGGCAACAUCACAAGGAGGAACGAGAUGCCUCGGAAUCCGAUCCUAGAAGUAGAGAUAUUUGAUUUUUGGGGAAUAGACUUCAUGGGACCUUUCAACCCUCCAUCGAAUGGUAAUGUCUAUAUUCUGGUGGCAGCCGAUUACAUUUCUAAGUGGGUUGAAGCCAUUGCUAGUCCUACCAACGAUUACAAGGUUUUCAAGAGUAUGUUGAGGAAGUAUGGUGUUAAGCACAAGGUGUCGACUGCGUAUCACCCUCAGACCAGCGGACAGGUUUAG